AUGGCAUCCGAAAUACUUGCUAAGCUUUGCAGCAAAGCCAAACUUGAGAGAGAUAGAGGUUUCACAGAACUUCAGGAGUAUGUUAAUACAUCUAACGAAGACGAAAUCCAUGACCUCGAACAAGAUUUGUUAAAUUUACUUUCCAGCGAGGAUAACGGUUGGGAGAGUCGCCACGGUGGCUUGAGUGGCGUGAGAUGCCUCAUAGAGCAAGGCAAAAUCUCUUUCCAGGAUGGCGACACUGAUUUGGGCAUCGAGGGGGAUGUUUUUGUUAACGAAAUCAUGGACAAAGCCAUAUCCCUGUUGGACGACGAAGAGUUUCGCGUCCGAAUUGCAGCAGGUGAGCUGCUGGGAGUUCUGUGCAAGUUCAAGGGUCCAGAGGUGUAUGAGAGAUGUAAAGAUCAAAUCCUCGAAGGCAUCCGUUCCAACCUGGAACGACAUGGUCUUGGGGAUGACUCCAGUUCAAUUGCAGGUACUCCUACAGAGCAGCCUGAAAGUAUUUUAUCCUGUUCCCCAAACACCACUGCCAGGAUCUUAGAGAAGAGGUCAAGUGAUCCUGCACAGAUCUUUCAUGAUACUGCUGGCUGGAAGUCUUUAGAGACAUACAUGAAGUGCCUGCAGAGUGUCAUCUUUGGUUGUGGCCACAAGUUCAAUGAUUUUGUGGAUCAAGAGUUGCUGGACCUCAUCUUUGAGACCUUGACCCACACGAACCGGUUCGUCAGAGAGACUGGGUUUUAUGUGUGUGGAGCACUGGUAACCUGCGGAGCUAGGGAAGGAACUGAACAUGACAGUGAGGCUAAGCUGACUGAGGAAAAUGCCAUCUAUCGCCAUGGCAGGGUCUUCUCUGAGUACUUGGGCAAGGGACUCGCUGACAACUGGAGUCAGGUUCGUAUGGCUGGCUCAGUUGCCACUCGGCAGUUUUUGGUCAGCUUACCUACAGAGAAAGCGAGGGAGAAAUUCUAUCCCAUUUUGAUUCCAAGGAUGUGUCUGAACAGGUACUAUAUGGCCGAGGGUGUCAGGAUAUACUCUCAAGCAACAUGGCAGUUGAUAACCCAUGGGGAAGGCAAGACUCUAGUGGAGAAAUAUAUACAAGAAGUUGUAGAUUACUACAUUCUGUCAACUGAGUCAGACAACCAUGCUGUCAGAGAAGCGGCCUGUGCUUGUAUUGCUGAGCUUGGCUCUAAGAUUGAGAAGAGUGUGGUUAGUCCGUAUGUGCCCAGGUUGUUGGAAACUCUCCUGAUAUGUUUCAACGAUGAUAGUUGGCCGGUCAGAGAUGGUAAGUCAUCUCUGCCUGCCUUGUAUCCACUGUUCUUCACCAACCUGCAGGACAACAUUCCUUCAGUAAGGCAGGGAGCAGCUGUAGCAAUCACCAACAUUGUGAAAGCUUAUGUGGAGGUGGUUUUCUCCAAAAUCAAGGAAGGUUUUGAAAAGAUCAAAGAGCAGCCAGCAACGUCAGAGAAGUAUGGCGGACUUGAGAACACUCCAGCUGUCUUUGGUGUGGUGAAACAGCUACGAGACAAUGAUAUGGACCUGCAUACAAAUCAAACGAUGUAUUCCUGUGGAUCAUUGGCACCAAAGAUGGGGAGGGGUGGAGGAUGUAUGGACCAUAAGUUCAGAAAACCUUCAGAACCAUGGGAGCUUGCAGAUGGAUGUGUCAAUCUCCUGGCUGAACUUAGUCAUGUGCCCUCAGUGAGUGCCCAAGUCAGCAAGCUGAUUCCAGUUAUGGCGGAGGCAUGCAAGAUCAAAACCUAUACACAUUACCCCAACUUUGUAGAAACUGUGUGUAAGCAGCUUCCCAAUCUAGCAAAGGGACUCGGCAAGCGACCUUUCAAAAUGUACCUUGAGAUGUUUCUUGAUGUUAUUUUUGAAGCUCUAGACAGUGAAGUUGUUCUAACGUCAGCUGCUGCCCAACACUGCAUCAUUGAGCUCUGCCUUUUCCUUGGAUCCGGCAUUGUCAGAGGAAGAGUAGAAAAUCAUAACAGCUCGUACCUCUCACGACUUGACUCUGUACCAGGACUGCCAUAA